AGGUUUUCCUGAAUAAUUAAGCAAAAUUCAACCAUGCAUGCCCUCGUGGAGUGGAUUGAAGAGGAAAAAGUGAGCACGGUCAGUUUAACUCGUGUGAAAGAGCCUAGAAAAGACUUUGACCAGUACCAGGUCGGUGAAAUUGUGACUGCCAGCUGCCAUGGAUUUCCAGGGGUUCACAAGGCGAAGAUUCUUGCCAUUAAAGAGUCAUCAACAGAAGGAAAGAAAGAACUUGAGAAGUUAGCAGAGGAUUACAUUGCCCAGAAAAAUCAACAGACACAAAAAGCCACAGAAGUGACUGAACAGGGUAAUGACAACAAUGUUGGUGUGUCUUCCAGAGAUAAGCCAACAAAGAAAGGAAGAAAAAGUACUGCUAAGAAGGGAGAUACUCCAAAGAAAGCAAAGAAUCAAGGGAACAAAGAAGACAAAGCUGAAAAGGAGAAGAAAAGAGAAGAGAAUAAAAGAAAAAAAGAAAUCUCCCUUCAGAAAAAUGCUGAAUUUUUGCAGUCACUCGAUGUAUUUAAGCAGAAGGUUACUUCAUCAACCCAGCCAAUGAGGACCGCAGAAGAACAACAAAACCAUUCUAACUCACAUGCCCCCCAUCAGCAAUGGAGACAGGAGGCAGUUUGGAGUAACCCCCAGUCUGCAGCAUUCAGUUACGAUGCACCAGGCCAUCAUCCUUAUCAGGCUGCACAACCUUUCAGCUUUACCGGUAAUCCAGAGCAGAAUCAGAACAACGCAUUCCAUUAUGGGAAUCAGUACUCGUACAGCAGUCCAAGUCAUCAACCAUAUUCACAGCCUGACAGUACUUCUGCCAGUCCCUACUUCGCCCAUCAUGCAUCACCGUACCAUGGUUCAUUACCUGGAUUUCAUCAGGAACAGCAUUACAGUACUCCUGCUUCAAGUCAACAGCGAGGAUUCAAUGCUCCAGCCUCUGCUGACCAUGAUAAGACCUACCACCCAUUGCGACCAAACUUUUCCAAAUCAUAUCUCCCUGCUGCGAGUUCUCAACAAUCUGCUCAUGCUGAGUUGCCAGGAAGAACAUCUUCGGCUCAAGAUGGUGACCAAAUUCUGGAUGACUUUCUAGAAAGAACAGAUGGGAUGGACGAUUCAAAUGAGGAAAUCUCCCCUAUGAGUCCUGAGGAACCCUUGACUGCUGAAACCAAUGAAAGGGAAGAUUAUAAAGCUCUGCUAGAAGCAAAAGAACAGGAGCUCCAGCGUAUGAAGCAGAAACUGUCUAAAGCAGAAAAGGAGUUGGAAAAAUACAGAACUUCCCAUUCUCAGUCUAAACAGUCAGGCGAGUGGAAGACCCAAACAGAUGGCAUGCCAAGAGCAGGUGUUGUUCCUAAAGAAAUAGCUGAAAAUAAUGGAAUGAUGGAGUUGUUGCCGCAAAGAGGGAUUUAUGUCUAUCCCAAAGACAUCAGAAUAGCUGGGAAAAAAGAAAGUGGUACAGCAAUGGCCAGAUUCCUAAUGUCCAUCUUUUACACAAAUGAAGAGCUGAUAGAGAGAGGAAAUCUAAUGGGGAAAAAUGGAAAAAGAGGACUGGACAAGAAAAUUGUUGAUGCAAUCGUUGACUAUGCCACCAUCAAAGGAAAGGAUUCAGGGGCAGAAAUAAAGUACUCCAUGCGUACCAAAAUCAGUGCAAUGGUCAGCUCUAACCGGAAACGAAAUUCAACACUGUGAUGCAAUUUACUGAAUUGAAGACCACCGUUUAACUACUCAUUAACUUUUUUAUGAGGCCUAUAGACAUACCGAUUCUCCAAAUGGAAAAGACCUGACAUUUGAACUUUUUAAAAAGUUUCUUCUGAUAAUGUUUGCUGUGAUAUACAUAUUUUUAUUCACAUUUUGUGAUUUAAAAGUCUUUUUGUGAUGCAUGUUUUUUAUAUUUAUCACAAUUUAAUAUCAGUAUUGUUGUUUUGCUGUUUUUAACUGUAAUACAUGUUUAUGCUUGAGAUUUUAAGGACUGUGAUAUAUUUGAAUAAUGAAUUAACCUCAAGUGUGUUUAUGCUGAUAAAACUACUGAUGCAUUUUAAUAGUAGCUGAGUAAUUAAUAUAUUUAUUUUCCUAAAUGUUCUAUUUAUUUGCAUGUUGCAUGUUUGGCCUUUAGACUUGUUUUUGUUAAUUAGUAGCUAUGUUCAUUAAAUGGCAUUUUAAAUUAAUAGUAACUAUAUAGGAAGUACAUUUAAUUACUUGUUAUCUAUUUAGUUUAAUAGAAUGCUGUUUUAGUAUAUAUUAUAUGAUAUAAUUUGUCUGUCAAUAGUA